AAUGGCUGCUGAGCUGGAGCCCGUGGCAGCUGUGGACCUUCCCUUGGCAGCCCUGGUGCAGCCCGAGGUAAAGAUGGAGGAGCAGGACCCAGGAGAACUCAAAGCUGGAGCUGAGGGGGCAGAAACUGGUGGGGCAGCCCUGAGAUGGUCGGCACUAGAGAAAAUAAAACAGUACCUGCAGGAGGAGCCAGCCCAGUGCCAGGAGAUUAAGGGCCAGGAGGUGAAGCAGGCCAUGCAGCCCCCUUCUGAAGUCAAGCUGCCCUUGGCAACCCCACGGCUGGCCCCAAAGCAUGACCUCCCCACCCCAGAGACUUGGCGCCGGCGCUUCCGAGGCCUCCGCUACCAGGAGGCCAAGGCACCGCGGGACGUUUGCAGCCACCUGUGGGAUCUCUGCCAGCGCUGGCUGGAGCCCCAGCGCCGCAGCAAGGAGCAGAUGCUGGAGCUGGUGGUGCUGGAGCAGUUCCUGGCCAUCCUGCCCCAGGAGAUGCAGAGCUGGGAGUGGGGGUGCGGUGUGGAGACCUGCGCCGAGGCCGUGACUCUGGCCGAGGGGUUUCAGCUUGGGCAGGCGGAUGAUAAGAAAUUUCAGGUCACGGUGAACGUGAAGAUCGAGGAAGGGUCCUCGGAGACGAUGCAGCCCCCGGGGGUAUUGCAGGAACCUGUUGAUUCCUGGCUGGAGCAGCCCAAGGCCCAUCCGGUGGAGCCGCCCCCGGGGGUAUUGCAGGAACCUGUCGAUUCCUGGCUGGAGCAGCCCAAGGCCCAUCCUGUGGAGCAGCCCCCGGGGGCAUUGCAAGAACCUGUUGAUUCCUGGCUGGAGCAGCCCAAGGCCCAUCCUGUGGACAUGUCUCUGGAAGAGGUAGGGCAGAGGGAAGUCCCCGGGCCUCCGGACAAGCCUUGUGUCCCCAGAGAAGAGCCCCUGCCCCACCAGGAGUCAGGUAAGUUACCGGAUGCCAUUGUCAGACUCGGGUCCUGCAGUCUCCUACUGCUUUGUGAGAAGCGAACAUUACCCUUUGAGCCUGACCAGAGCCAGACGUCCCUUGAAUCGGCCAUGGAAACCGAGACCAGCCAGGCAUCCGUGCCACUUGCAGACAGCGCAGACUCGUCUCUCUCGGCCAACACCCGGGGACCCAACUGGGACAGAGAUGAGCUGAAAGACCUCUUGGACAUAUGGGGGCAAGAAAGAAUCCAGCGCCUGCUGGAGAAGGGCCACCGCAACAAAAACACCUUCCUGUACAUCGCCGAGCAGAUGCGGCGGCGUGGCCACAGCAGGGACUUUAAGCAGUGCCGCUGCAAGCUCAAGUCACUGAAGUAUGAGUUUUUCCGGGCCAGAGAUGCCAACAACAGGGCCGGAGCGAAAAAACGAACGUGUAUAUUUUAUGACGAGCUGUCACGAAUCCUGUCGAAGGAGAAAGGGUACCAGACAACCAAACCGUUUGGCUCUAUAGGGGAGCAGGAGGUACUGGAGGUCCUGGACCACCGCGAGGACGAGAACAGCAUGGGGAGCGGGACGCCGGAAGAAUCGCUCGACGACAGCUUCAUGCCCGGGGACCACGGACAAGGAGCCCACAACGUGGAGAUGGUGACGAUUGAGAGCACGCCCUCCCCGCCGGCCCCAGCAGACACUUUGCAAGCUGUCCAGGCUGAACCGGGGGUCCGCGCAGAGGACACGCUGCGCACGCCGACCCCCGUUCCGCGGCAGCACGCCCCUCUGCAUGCGGAUGAGGGGGAGGGCUCGGAGGACACGGAAGACAGUAGUGACAUGGAGGAAUACAGCCACGUGCCCACCGCGUCACGGGCGCCCACCACCACGCAGACCCCGAGCCGUGCCCCUGACAACCCAGGCCCCGGGAGCGCUGCUGCAUGCGACGCUUCCCUGUCAGCGGGCACCGCAUCCGUGCACGGGAGGGCACCCGAGCGUGGGUCUCACGCAGAACCGCGGCCGCCCGCCCGAUCAGGGGCCGAGCGGAUGCGAGAUCACCGCAAAAGGCUGCGGCAGUCUAAAGAAGAGAUGCUGCAGUCUCUCGUGGCCACCGCGAAAUCCAGGGCCCGGGCAGAGGAUGCCUGGCGCGAGGAAGUCAGGGAGCAGCACAAACGAGGCCUAGAAAUGUGGCAAAGGCAGGAGGCCACCGUGGAGACGCUGGUGGCCGCCUUCGGCAGGACAACGGACGUGGCCAGCCAGUGCUUGGACCUGGUGGCCAAGUCCGCUGCGGCUCUGGAAGCAGUCGAGGAAAGCUUGGGCCUCGGUUCCCUCGCCCCCGACCCUCAACCGGCCGCGUGCGGCAGCCGGCAGCCGGCGCUCCGCGCUCGCCGGCCCUUCCUGCGGCUCCGGAGCAGGCCCGAGCGCGGGGGAGGGGGCCAGGGGCAGGACGGCGGCCUGCGCUGCAAGCAGCAGGGUGCUGAGGAGGGGGCCUCCAGCUCCGCACCCGCCUAGCCUUUUUUGGUUUUCGUGGUUUGGGACGUGGGGACGUGAACUGUAGCAGCCGCCGCGGGCGCCUUUGCCCUCCGUGCGCAAAAAACACUAAUAAAGUUAGAAGAAAUUGCA